AUGACGGUUGAAUACCUACAGUCACGCCUACUCGAUGCCGAUUGGGAGCGGUCACAAUCUGGUACAAGCCGCAACAUGGAGGGUGCAUACAACCUCAAUUCCCAGCCCUCCCACCCUCUUCGCUCCGGUUCACGCCUGUCGCCCACCUGCCGUUAUUGCAAGAAAACGGGUCACACCAUCGAUGAAUGCUUCAAAUUGAAGAAGAAGAAAGAGCUUGAAGAAAGCUCUAAACGCGAGAAAUCCGCCAUCCAGCCCUCGGUGCAUGUCUCCACCAGCUCCUCUGCUGAAACUACUCCGACCCCUACACCAACUCCUGCCCCAUCAGCCGCUCAGUCCGUACCUGAUUCCCGGUACGUUGACAUUGCUGUCAGCACCAGCCACCACCCCAUCUUCUCCACAUGGACUCCUCUCGUCGCUGCUGUCUUCAUUCUCACCAUCCUCCUUCUCCUCCUCCUCUUCCCUUAUGGGGCUCCCUACGCAUCGGCAUUCACGGCCUCCUCAUUCAACAUGGAGCGGACUUCGUCGUGGUUGGUGGACAGCGGCGCAUCCUCCCAUAUCUGCUCGGAUCGUUCGCUGUUUUCGUCUCUCAAGAAGCCCAACGAAGAUAUCCUUGUUCGUUUUGGUGGGGGAGAGACUUACAAGGUCUUGGGAGUCGGCACGGUGGUGGCUACUCUUCGGUCACACACAUCGGAAACCACCAUUCAGCUUGAAACGUUCUAUUUCUCCCUUCAUCAGUUCACAACCUGCUCUCUGUUCGUGCACUUGGUGCUGCCGGCGUUGCCUGUCUCGUUCCCCGCUGCUGGGCGCGUUGUUCUCACAUCUGAUGACGCUCCUAUUGGCGAGGGUUACACCCUCAACAACCUGUUUUAUCUUCAACUGCAUCAUGGGAGCAGUGCUGCUCCUUCUAUCAAGCCAACUGCAUGUCCAGCCUCCACCACCACCUCCUCGUACCUCUGGCAUCGUCGUUUCGGGCAUCUCAACAUGCAGGACUUAUCCACACUUCAUCGGCAGCAGCUGGUCACUGGUCUUCACCUCUCCUCCACCUCGAUUCCCCCCUGCAUCUCGUGCUAUCGUGGGAAACAAACACGUCAGCCAUUUGGCGUGUCCCAUUCUCGCACCACAGCACCACUCCAACUCAUUCACUCAGAUAUUGCUGGACCGUUUUCAUAUGGAACUACCAUUGGCGGCGCUCGCUACCUUCUCACCUUCAUCGAUGACUACUCCCGCCAUAUUACAGUGUAUCUCCUACGCCACCGGUCGGAAGCACUUUCAUGCUUCAAGGCUUACGUCACGCGGGUGCACAACAUGCAUUCCCCACACACCAUCAAGGCCUUUCGCUCUGACGGUGCCUUGGAGUUCACUUCCAAAGACUUCACUUCAUUCCUUACAGCUCAUGGCAUCGCUCGCCACCUCUCCACGCCAUAA